CAACGAGCCCUCGAACGAGCUUUAUCCGUUUAUCGUCGUGACUGUUUAUAUGUUUACUUCACAAGUAAAACUACUCACCUAUCAAUCCCGCAUCGUUAGCAUCGGGUGAAUGCGCUUUUGAGGUUUUUCUUUUUCUCCUGAAAUGUCACGGAUUUUCUAAUGAAUUUUUUUUUGUGAGUGAGAUGUUUGUCAUGGUGUCAAUUAAUUCCAAUGGGUGACUAAGACCAAAUCAGUAGACUCCCACGUUUCUUUAAAUCUUGACCCUCUUUCAUCGUUGACUUGUGGCCUCUGGCCACUUAUUGUUAAAUGCACUGGUCUCUGACCCAAUCUGGAGAGUUUUGUAUGUUGUUCAAAGCAUUUUACGUGAUCUUGGAUCUCACUGAUGCUACAUGAGCUGGAUAAUGACGGCCCACUCUUCUCAAAAUAAUUGAGAAAAUACGAUCACUGGUCAUGAUAAAAAAUAGCCUGAAUUUUCCGUAUAAUCAGCAUUGAGAGAUUAUUGUCAGGGUGAAGAAACUGGCAAUGAGGAGAAACUGGGAUCCUGCGGCGCUCAGAGUAGCGACCGCCCGGUUACCACACGCGCACAGCAGGCAGCCAAUAUUUGUAUUGGAGCGCAGGGGUAUUCGGUGGCACUAGAGAGAUACGGAGGAAUUCAUAAAAAAGAAGACGAAAUAGAUAGCCUGCGAGAGGAGGAAUGGAGUACGCUAAAAGUUGGCAAACUGUGGCUCUUCAUCUGACCACAACGACCAUAGCUGUUAUGACAUAUGUACAUGCUACUGUAGAAGCGCAGAGCACACUCAGGGAUAGUCUAGCAGCGUCAACUACGGCUUUUCCUCGAGAGAGCUUGGAGCCCUUUGAUGGCCGGAGGGCGGAUGUCGAGGAGGCCUUGGAUAUUAUUGAAGAUGCAUCCUCCGGUGCGCUUGGGGAGGUCUGCGCGUCGAUUACUGGUUACAAAUCUCUACCAGCUGGUGCUGCACUCGAUCCCCGGAGAUUUGACAUCGCCAGGCAGAAGGUAGACAUGGCGGCUACUUUAUUGCAGAACCUUGGCUCUGUGCGGGAUGCAGUCCUGCUAAAUGCAAUCGCGAGGUCAUUGCUGUUGUCGAUGAUGAGUGCAGUGGCAGCCAGGGUCAUUGUGUUCAAUGCAACAACGGACAUUAUCGUUGCUGAGACCUGGCUCAAGCGUGCCCUCGGGAAUAUGGGUGAACCGAUGAAGUUGGAGAGUGAAUUAUUACGCGUUGGCUAUCGACCAGAUCCCGGGCUUCCUUGGUUCGAGAAUGCUGACGGGUCGAGUGCCAGUUUGAGAUCGCCGAAAUUCAUUCAAUCAGCCCCAACUGACUCGUACCUAGGUUGGUGGACUUUGCCGUACAUCUCCUGUAAGACCAGACAGUGGCUAAUUUCGUACAGUGUUUACGUACGACCUUGGGACACGCGACAUGGCAUUCGAGAUUUUCUGAGCAUUGACAUCGACAUUAGUGGGCUCGAAGUGAAUCAGUGCGAUUCUGAGACGCUAGAAAGGACUUCGAAUGAAAAACAGAUGAAUAAUCACAUCGAGUCUUUUAGAGGCUCUCACAAAUGUCACGACGAUACCACGCAAUGCGUAUAUAGAGGACCACACAUGCGUAAAAAUACGGAGAUAGGAGGUGCAAGAGUUGGUCCUGGAUGGGCCAAAGGCGCGUAUGUUUGCCGAUGCCGCGAGGGCUUUUACAGCCCCGCCACUUACAUGAGAAAUGGGGAACCUGUUGACUUUGACGGAGAACUCGUUGAGGCUGUUUGGAAGGAUAUGCAGAUGAACAAGAGCCGUUUGUACAAGGAAAAGUUUCGAUGCAUCAAGUGCGCCCCUGGCUGUGUCACUUGUCGGGGACCUGAACCUUGCCUCGCUAGCUACAAUUGGCCUUUUAGGAUCACAUUGUUGUCCUUCUCGGUGUUCUGUGCCUGCUGCGCAGUUCUCCUUAUCGUCUACGUCUAUCAACAUCGUAAGCUCAAAGUUUUCAAGGUCGCCUCACCAAUUUUCCUGUCCAUCACACUCCUCGGUUGUGCAAUAAUGUAUCUUGAGAUGGCUGCAAUUUUUCCAGUGCUCGAUCUUUACUCCUGCAUUGCCACAAAAUGGACGAGGCACUUGGGGUUCUGCGUCUCUUAUACAGCACUUUUGAUGAAAACUUGGAGGGUUUCAUUAACUUAUCGCGUGAAGAGUGCUCAUAAAGUCAAAUUGACGGACAAGCAACUUUUACAAUGGAUGAUCCCAAUUCUCCUCGUAAUGCUGAUAUACCUCGGCACUUGGACUCUCAGUGCACCUCCUGAUGCCAAAGUUAUCGCCGACGGUCAGGGUUUAGAGUUUUAUCAGUGUGAAUACAACUGGUGGGAUCAUAGUUUAGCAAUUGGAGAAAUACUCUUCCUUGCCUGGGGCAUUCGCGUUUGCUAUAAUGUCCGCAACGCCGAGAGUCUGUUCAACGAGGCUCGACUGAUCAGUUAUGCUAUUUACAAUAUCGCCGUUGUGAAUACCACCAUGAUCGCUAUCCAUCUCUUCAUCUUCCCUCAUGCGGGUCCAGACAUGAAAUACGCCCUUGGGUUUCUCCGAACACAGCUAUCUACUUCAGUUACGAUAUUCCUCGUCUUUGGUCCCAAGGUAUUAAGAGUCCUUCGAGGCCAAGGGGAUCAAUGGGACAGUCGUGCUCGUGCCCGAGGCAUCACAGCAAGUUUCUCCCUCAACGGAAUUCGGGGUUUAGUAGCUGAAGAAACAACGGACCUUUACCAGGAGAAUGAAGAACUUAAAGAGGAAAUUCAAAAGUUGGCGGCACAAAUUGAGUUUAUGAAAAUUGUGCAUAUGGAGAUGCACAACCGUCAUAUAAAGCCCAAGUUAGGAGGGUAUUUCAGUACCCAUGGGCACGGCUGGGGUGCUCAGAGCCCCAAUGCGAAAACUACAUCAGCCAGUUUUAUCAUCAAGACGGUGGUGGAGAGAGGCGCAAGUGAGGCAGCUGCUGCGGCGGUAGACGACUCAACAUUUCCCUCCGGAAGUCUACAUCGUGCAAGGAGAAUGGAACUCUUGAGGGAAAGAAAGGCUGUAAGGGAAAAAGAGAGGGCUAAUGCUGCUGCUACUGCUGCUGCUGCUGCGAGUAAAAGUGAUGGGAGCCAUGGGGAGAAGGAGGGUGAGCAAGUGUGACGAGGGGUUCUAAACGCAGAAGUAUGGCUGUAGAGAAAAUGCAAUGAAAAUGUGUUUAAAAGUGUUAUCUGUUGUUCCUGUGCCGCCUCGAUAAUUUGGUGAUGCUAUCUUCGCACAAAAAUCAAUACAUUGAACAUGUUUCUUCAUCAAAGGGAAAGGAAAUAUCGAAUACAUAAAUCAUGAGAAAAUCCAAUCAGAGAUACGCUAUUAUUUACACAAUAAUUGGAGAAUCGCUAAUAAGGGAUGUUAAAUAGAGUGUAGUGUAUUGGCGCACUAGUUGGAAAAUUUCAUUUUUCACGAAUGUGAGGUUUACUGUGAUCAAUUUCGUUGAAAGUGACAUUUACUACCGUGUGCGUUUUAUUAUUUUGCGUUGCUACGUCGGGACGUCGAAUGCAACGGACACAAAGAGUGAGUUAUAUUCAGCUUCCCGCAGGCAAUGACGAAAACAAAAACAUUGCAAAUUGCCUUAUUGGAAAGUGGAGAGUAUCCAAGAGGGGCCUGGUUGUCCCCCUUCAAAUUCAUUUAAACGUUGAUCGUGAGAAUAUCGCUGACCUCACUUUAAAUAGUAUAUUUCGUAACGAGUGCAAAAAAGUGUUUUUUGGCGAGUGAUAUAAUCCCACGAGCUAAAAA